UCGAGAGCCCGGACCCUUCUGCUACUAGUCGGACUUGGCUCAGCUUUGUGUUCUCAAUUGUUCUUCUCAUUUCGUCAGCAACUCACUUUUGGGAGACUUCAUCUUUGUAUCCUUCUUUCCUCAAGCAUCACCACGUCCAUCUUUGGUGACGUGUCUUGGUCUGGAUCUCUGUCACAUCGACGACAAAACUCUAUUGGGAUCUCACACCCCCCGCACGAUAAUAAACUUAUAGACAGAUCGGUUCCAGAUCCCGCUCCUUCACCUCAUUUAGCGUGUAUUUUCCACCCCUUCUGCUGCUUUGGACUCCAAAUCUCAACACCUGUAGCUUUACGUCCCGCCUUGCUCUGCUCGUCAAACCCCACCGCAUCAUCACAAAGGACAUAACGACUUGUUCCAUCCUGCACUCAGCACGAAGGACGGACGGCGAAGUCUCUCCCACGACUCGCCGUUCUGGUGUUCACGCUUAAGCAUCCAUGAUGUCCGUCACGACGCCCGUGGCGACGCCCAUUCGUCAACCCAGAGGACCAUCGAAUAAUGCAUUUGGAUCCCCUUCGCCUACUCCUGGACCCCCUGCAGGUGAUACGGACUCGCUCAGACGAUCCAACACAGUCUCCAACCCUCGUCAUGGCGUUUCGGCCUCCAUUUCGUCAUCUGCAGCGGGGUCAUCUGCCUUUCACGGGGUCAGACGAUUCAACAGUAAUUCUGGUAUGAGAUUCAGGAGCGGAUCGCUAUCUGGUUCUAGCUCAACAGAGGAGACUAAUGGGCUGGUCAGGAAAGGAAGUGGAAGAGCAGCUGUGCAGCCUCAAGAAGCAGUCAUUGAGAGUGGGGAAGAGGGUUCACCAGAUUUAAACCUUGGUUUCGGAAAAGGCCUGACCAGACAGAGUUCCCUGCCGUCACGUAAAGGCUUCAAUGCAACUAUCACAGCCUCUCCCGGUGGAUCACAACCUCCGCCCCGACCUCCCAGGAGAACCAUGGCAGACCCAUCUGGCGCAAGCAUGUCCAAUCCGUUGGCUUCUGCACAUACUGCUUCGCAUUCUCUGUCUUCCUUGGCUAUGCUCCAACCUCCUCGUGGUACGGCAAUCUCACAAGAUCUCAAUUCCUCCCUCAGUCCCUUCUCAAAUGUCCCGAGUGUCUCGAGGACCCAAAGUCUGAGAGAUCAAGCUAGGCACCACGACAUCUCUACACUAGGUCGUAGUGCCAGUAUGCGAACAGCAGCGGAACGGGCUCGCCUUGAUCAAUCUAUCGGCAGCGUUUUGUCACCCCCCACUCAACCUUCAACGCCGCGAAAUCCUUUCACACCGCCUACUCCCCCGCCUGUAUCCUCUACAGCCGCUCUUCCUCCGUACACUCUUGGGAGCGAUAUGCCUAUCGGCGCCGACAUUCGACGUCAUCAGUCAUUCACCCAUGGCUAUCGCGUCAAUGGGAGAAGUCGUGAUAUUCGAAACGCUGGAUUUGGUAUGGAGCCGGCGCAGGAUUUGGCCGAAUCAUCGCAGUCACUCUCGGAUCGAGUUGUUCCUCCGACGAGUCCUAUUGGCCGUAGUGUCUGGUCUCCCUCGAACGGUGGCGACGACGGAUGGGAAAGAUCUACCCAGCAGCUGCAGGAUGCCUUUGAGGCGAUGCAGUUGGGUAAAAGGAUGAUGGAUGUCUCCGGACAAGCUGGAAUGGACACUCGCAUGCCCCUACCAAGUCAAGAGGAGCCAGCCUGGGUGGCCAAUCUAGUCGGUCAGCCAGACAGGCGAUCACCUGCGCCUUCUCGUUCACCUCAUUGGGCAGAGCGCGAUCCGAGACAAUGGGGACCGAAUCAGAUGCCGUACCUGACACCCCCUCCGCAGGUCGGAUACCCUGGCCAACCGAGCCUCAAACAGCCUUAUCAACAGCACCCAUAUGGAUACAUGCCGCCUCCUUCCGUGUCCAACAUGUACCCUUCGCCUCCGAACACCGCUGAUCAAAUGGCCGACGUGAUGGAACUGGCAAGAAGCCGAGGUCUCAACCCUUCGACUUUCGACUGUCACCCCACUCAGGCGAGAUUCUUCGUCAUCAAAUCAUAUACGGAAGAUGAUGUGCAAAAGUCUCUCAAACAUGGGAUUUGGUCAUCAACAGUUCUUGGCAAUAAGCGUCUGGAUGUUGCCUUUCGCGAAUCCGCAGACAAGAUGCCCAUCUAUCUCUUCUUCUCGGUGAAUGGAUCGAGACAUUUCUGCGGUGUGGCUCAAAUGCUCACUCCCGUUGACGAAUCUCAAAGCUCCAAUGUCUGGGCUCAAGAUAAGUGGAAAGGUAUUUUCAAGGUCAAAUGGAUAUUUGUGCGAGACGUGCCCACUGCCGCUCUCCGUCACAUCCGACUCGUAAAUACUCCAGAACAGAAGCCCAUCACAAACUCCCGAGACACCCAAGAGCUCCAUUACGAAGCUGGUUGCGAGGUGCUCGAGAUCUUUUUGGAUCACCAGACAAAGGCAAAGACAAGUCUAUUGCAAGACUUUGCAUACUAUGAGCAACUCGCCGUCAGCCGCAACAUGCGGCCGAUGAUGCCGCCUCCGGCGCCGAUUCCUCAGAAUCAAUAUCAGAUGCCUCAAAUGGGCGUUCCACCUGUUCCGCCCAUACCUUCUCGAUUUAGAUGAGCAAGACAUAUUCUAGACUUAUUAUUGAACUUCUUGUGCUCCUUCCCUGACUAAUGAUAGCACAUUGUAUUACGACCUCGACCUCCGAGACGAGCACUGUAAACGAGAAAGUAUGCAUGAGACGAACGAGCCCGUUAGCUAGCUGUGUAUCACGUGAUCAGACGCGUGGAGCGGAGGUAAAAAGGACG